GUUUGGCAUUCUGAAGAGUGUUACACUCUCUUAUCAGUGGGGAAGGAAAAUGACUUCUGAAACUCUGAUUGCUUAUGAUUGAAAUACUAUUUCUCCAUUUUUAUUUUAUCUUCUUUUUUUCUUCCGAUGUUUAUAAACCACACCCUAAUACAGCAGAAUUAUCAUUAACUCAUUUUUGUAAUUAUGGCUCCUCUUACAUGUUGUCUACUAGCAGCUAAAAUGGGAUCUCAAGUGCUACUUCCAAUUCGCGGAUCUCAGGAUUCCGAUCGACAUCUCAAGUGAUCUUGGCCGGGUGUUCUUAUAAGCUUCUGUUACUUGCAAUAUUCUCUGUUAAUUGCUGCAUUAUGCUCAGUCUUAUUGACAUUUUCUUCCUUUUACAUGUACCACUGAUUGACUGAUAUGAGGUGUUUAGAUUUUGUUAGAUAGUACCAAUGAAAUAUAAUGAUGAGGGCUUAAUCAAGGCAGUUAUGGCAAAGGCUAAUGUUAUUAUCAACCUCAUUGAAGGGAGUAUGAGAUCAGAAACUGUAGCUUUCAAUGGCUGCUUGGAGCUUGCGGCCGCCACUAAGGAUCUUCGAGCAUAUUGCUAUGGUGCUUCCCAGAUUUUGAGUUUGAGGGCACUGCUAAGGCACUUUGCAUAUCGGAGGCCUCAAAAAGGAUAUAAAGAUCACUGUCGGGCAUUGCUAAGGCACUUUGCAUGCCUCAAAAAGGAUAUAAAGAUCACUGUCAUCGAUUCGAUAAUGGGGCUGUGGAAUGUGCUAAGUCCUGUAGGUGUAAUUCUAGGCACAAUUGAAGUAAACCUCCUAAUUUAA